AUGGGUACAAAACAUCAGCCUACUACCAUUGAGACGGCGGACGACGAACCCGUGGCUGUGGCGCACUUGGAGGACAAGUGUGAGCUUGGUCCUGAUAAGCAUGCUGGCGUGGCGGACUAUACCGGCGCGGAAGCCAAGUCAGAUCCGGAAGAGAUUGCGCUUGUACGAAAGAUUGACUGGAGACUGAUGCCAACGUUGUGCAUCAUGUACUUUUUGAACUACGUUGACCGCAAUGCCAUUGCGCAAGCUCGCUUGAACAACUUGGAAGAUGACUUGGGAAUGACUGGUGUUCAGUUCAACACUUGUGUUAGCAUUCUCUUCGUGGGUUACGUCCUGAUGCAGGUCCCAUCGAAUAUGCUUAUUACUCGUGUCCGCCCAGGUAUCUACAUGAGUACUUGGAUGUUCAUUUGGGCUAUUGUAUCGGCUUGCACAGCGCUGGUGCAGAACUUCGCCGGAUUGGUCAUAUGUCGGUUCUUCCUAGGUGUUACUGAGGCGCCGUUCUACCCCGGAGCUACAUACAUGCUCUCAAUCUUCUACACGCGCAAGGAAGUCGCAACACGUAUUGCGACACUUUACUGCGCGCAGAUCUUGGCUACUGGGUUCAGUGGAUUGAUCGCAGCAGGAGUAUUCCAACUAGAUGGUGCUCGAGGCAUCGCAGGGUGGCGUUGGCUAUUCAUUAUUGAAGGAGCGGCGACCGGAUUGGUGGCUAUCUGGGGUUUCUUCAUGCUUCCCAACACCCCACUCACCACUAGCUGGCUCAACCCAAGGGAACGUGAACUUGCUCAUGCACGUAUGGAGCGUGACCGACUCGGCGACUCCACAGGUCCUGUCAGUAUGAUGGAGGGGCUGAGGCAGGCGUGCCGCGACAAGAGGACGUGGCUGUUCUGUCUCAUGCAGAACUUCCAUCUCAGUGCUUGCUCGUUCAACUCUUUCUUCCCAACUGUUGUCAAGACCCUCGGCUUCAGCACCACAAUUACUCUGGUACUGACAUGCCCUCCCUUCCUGCUCGCAGGCGCGGCAGGUAUUGCUACAGGCUGGAGUUCAGGACGCAUGCAUGAACGUACCUGGCAUAUCACCGGUGGACUACUCGUCGCCAUUGUCGGAUUCGUCAUCGCUGCUAGUACGUUGAACACGGCAGGUCGAUACGUUGCGUGCUUUAUCUUCCCCAUUGGCGCUUACUCGGUCAACUCCGUCAUCAUCGGUUGGGCGUCUUCGACGCUCAGUCAAACAAAAGAGAAGAAAGCUGUGGUCCUUGCGAUGACAAAUGUCGGAGGUCAAAUUGGUUACAUCUACGGCGCAUACCUCUGGCCAAACUCCGACAAGCCAAGGUUCGGAAUUGGAUUCGGUGCAUCAGCUGGGUUUGCGCUGUGCUCAAUUGCCUGUGCUUGGGUGAUUCGCAUGAUGCUUAUCAAAGAGAACCAAAAGCUCAAGGCUUCGACCAAUGAGCGCGUCAACUUGUACGGAUACUAA